UUCUCUCUCUCUCUCUCUCUCACUCUUCUCUCUGUUUCUGUUUCUUGUCCUUCAGUUUUGCAAUCAGAGAAACAAAGGGAAUUAAAGAAGAAUUCAUAUCAAAACCAUGUCUCUCUCAUUAUCGACAUCCUCCAUUUCAUUUCUCCAAAACCCAAAUCUCAAAAGAAUAAUCGCUCCACGCACUUCAGUUCUCUUUAAGAACCCACCGCAAAACCUGUCUCUUCUUUCUUCUGGCAUUUCAUCUUCAAGAAGUCAUUACUCCUACUACUACUACUACAACAAGGGGUUUGCUACUUCUUGCAUUGGUACUUCUGGGCAAGAAGUAAUUCUGGAUGAUGAUCCUGAACCGAGUGUUGGUGAAUGUGAUGAUGGUUUGGCUUCAGGGCCUCACGAGCAAGAGGAAGAGGUGCAAGAAACUGUUGUCACUUCAAAAAGAGAAGAGCUAGCGAGCCAGAGCAUAUGGAAGCAAAUAAAGGAAAUUAUGAUGUUCUCGGGUCCGGCUACUGGGCUGUGGAUCUGUGGUCCAUUAAUGAGUCUCAUUUCAACUGCUGUUAUCGGUCAGGGAAGCUCCACUGAGCUUGCUGCAUUAGGUCCAGGGACAGUCUUUUGUGAUAAUAUGAAUCUGCUGUUCAUGUUUCUCUCAAUUGCUACUUCAAAUAUGGUUGCCACUUCACUUGCCAAAAGGGACAAAAAUGAAGUGCAGCAUCAGAUAUCAGUUCUGCUCUUUGUUGGAUUGAUUUGUGGCAUCUCUAUGCUCUUGUUUACACAAUUCCUUGGUUCAUGGGCACUAACUGGUUUUGCCGGCCCAAAGAAUGCGCAUCUUGUGCCUGUAGCUAGCAAAUAUGUUCAGAUUCGAGGCUUAGCAUGGCCAGCAGUUCUCUACGGAUUGGUUUCUCAAAGCUCAAGCCUUGGAAUGAAAGAUUCCAUGGGACCUUUAAAGGCUUUGGUGGUUGCCAGCGUUGUAAAUGCACUUGGUCAUUUAGUCCUGUGUAGAUUUCUAGGCUAUGGUAUUGCAGGAGCAGCAUGGGCAACAAUGACAUCACAAGUAAUUGCAGCUUAUAUGAUGAUUGAAGCUUUGAACACGAAAGGGUAUAACGCUUUUGCUAUCUCUAUUCCAUCACCAAAAGAAUUUAUGCAAAUAUUUGGCAUAGCUGCUCCAGUUUUUGUAACAAUGUUCUCAAAGGUGGCCUUCUAUGCUCUCAUGACGUAUUGUGCAACAGCAAUGGGCACAUUCACUGUUGCUGCUCAUCAGGUCAUGAUUCAAAUGUAUGGGAUGUGUGUGGUCUGUGGUGAGCCUCUAUCUCAAACUGCACAAUCAUUCAUGCCCGAGUUACUCUAUGGAGUUGAGAGAAGUUUAGAGAAGGCUCGAACGCUGCUAAAGUCACUUAUGAUUAUUGGAGCUAUACUUGGAGUGGUAAUAGCAAGUGUUGGAGCAUUUAUACCUUGGUUGCUCCCCAAUAUUUUUACCCGCGAUCUUAGUGUCAUACAAGAGAUGCACAAAGUGUUGAUUUUGUUUUUUGUUGCAUUAUCUGCAACGCCCUGUACUCAUAGCCUUGAAGGAACAUUGCUGGCUGGACGAGAUUUUAAGUUCAUCAGCUUAUCAAUGAGUGGAUGUUUUUCUCUUGGUGCUCUUCUGUUACUGCUUGUGAGCAGUCAAGGAUAUGGUCUGCAAGGCUGCUGGUGCGCACUUGUAGCAUUCCAAUGGGCUCGAUUCUUCUUUGCUCUCCGACGACUGCUGUCUCCAAAGGGCAUGCUUAGCUCUGCAGCUGUAACUGAACACAGACUUGGGAAACUUAAAGCUGCUUAGUUUCUUCAUCUAGGAUCAGCUAAUAAUGGGUUUCGAAAGCACAGGAUUGGAAAUCUGUGCAGGUGCAUACUUCAUUUACUCAAUCAUCACCUAUAUUCUUUUGUCCCAGCCACCAAAGAUCGAGCUCUCUUUAUUCUUUGAUGUUUAAGUGAAGCCGGCAAAGAACAUACAAGCAAGGUGUAUGCCAAAAAUAUUUAGCAAAAUUGUUUGUAGGAAUUGGUUACUGCUCUGCUGCGGUUGCCGUCACAAUUAAGUAUAAUGUAAUUGGAAGCAAAUUUGAUCUUCUUGGUCAUGCAUUGAUGAAACCCUGACCAUGGAAAAAUACAGUAAUUCUUGAACCUCAGGUUCCAUGUAAUGAUAUUAAGUUGAGGAUUGCUUUUCAUUA